AUGACAAGAAAUGAUGAGACGCCAACAUCUUUAAUGGAUACUAGUACAAGUUUUGCUCAAGAAGGACAAAUGCUAUCGCCUGAUCGACGACGAGUACGUGUUGAUUUUGCUUAUUCAUUUGAUAAUGAUCAAUUAGUACCUAUGACACAAACAACUAUUAUUAAAAGUGAACCUUGUUUUAAGGUUACUGCAAUUGAAGAUGAAGUUACUAAACAUUUUUAUCAUAAUAAAUCACACAAUAAAAUAAAUCAACGAAUACCAAGUGAAGCAGAUAGUUUAGAUGAAGACUAUUCUUACAAUUCACAUAAUGGAAAACAAACAAUAUAUAAAGGUAAUAAUGCUAAACAUCCUGUUUCUGAUCGAACAAAUUCUUCGUCUAUAAAAUCUAUUCUGAAGAAACCUCAAACGAGACAAGAAGAAAAGAAUCAAUCACGUCCUUUGUCGCCUUCUUCAAAGGGCAAAGGAACUUCUUCAACAGGUCUUGAUUCGAAUAGCGUUGAAGAUCUUGCUGAAAUGACGGCCAGACACAAAUUAACAUCGCCUUCCAUUUAUACUCGUUCACUACACAGUCAAACAAUGAAUAUAUUUGAUCCAAAUAAUUCUUAUGAAAUAAGAUCAAAGACGCCACGUCCACCUCGUCUUCAAUAUUAUAUUAAACCAUAUAGAGGAGAACCUUCUGGUCCUACAAAUAAAUCUAAACUACGAUCAAGAUCACUUUCACGAAAUCGACUUGCUCAAUCAUUACCAUUAAGUACUACUCGUCGAAAUACUGACCCAAAUUCAACUAAAUCUAUGCAUCCAUCAACAAGACAAUCAAGUAGAAAUGUAUCUUGGUCACCAGCAAGAGAAUAUAUUCAUGAAGAAAAAGACCAGAAAAUGGCUACAACAACAACAACAGCAAAUAAAAAGAAGGAAAUCUUAUCUAAUAAAAUAAAUUCUUCUACAUUAUCAAUUGGUCCUUCAUUAUCAUUAAAUAUUCCUUGUAUACCCAAUUCUUCAUCAAUAAUAUCUAUUCCUAUUCGUUUUCAAAAAUCCCAAUCAACUCAAUUUCCUGCUCCUUGUUCAUCAAUAGAUUCAUAUUAUUCUCCUACUGCUAUUGAUCAUUCAAUGAUAUCAAUAAAACCUAUAAUACAAAAUAAUUAUAAUUAUGAAGCAAAAGAAAAUAUCUUAAUAUCAUCAUACUCUUCUAGUACAGUAGGUGAAUAUAAGAGAGAACAUAAUACAACAAUGCAACGAUACGAUAAAUUAUUAGAAAAAAUGCGCACUACAGAUGAAGAACUUAAAUUAUUAUCUCGAUCAUGGAUGUAUACAAAUAAACAACAUCAAAUACCUGUCAGUACUAAUGAUUUAUUUUAUCCAGAAGUUUCAGAAACUUAUGAAAUAGAAUUUUUCAAUGGUUAA